GCAGAGGGUUCUGAUUUUGCAGGAUCAGGAUUUUUUCUUUACUCAUGUCACUGGAGAGCCAGGAAGGAACGCGUCGCUGGCUGUCGCCCCAUCGCCAUCCUGUACUUAUAACAUAGCCGUUCAAAUGAGUGUGUGCCAUUCCUUCUCUGCCAUUGGAUCACUUCUGAUCGGAGGACAGACUAUAACGGAAAAUGCGCUGAGCCAUUGGUUCAUAUGUUUCAGUUUAACUCCUCCAAUCGGAAAAGCUCUAUAGAUUUCCUGAUUUUUUUUAAAUACGUGCAGAGCUGUGCUCGCAUAAACGCCAUUAUCCUGACACUGUUUUAUCAUCAACAACCAUAUUUAAACCAUCAUGUCUGGUAGAGGGAAAACCGGAGGCAAAGCCCGAGCAAAGGCCAAGUCUCGCUCCUCUCGGGCGGGACUCCAGUUCCCGGUGGGUCGCGUCCACAGGCUACUGCGCAAAGGCAACUAUGCGGAGCGCGUCGGGGCCGGGGCUCCGGUGUAUUUGGCUGCCGUGCUGGAGUAUUUGACAGCUGAGAUUCUGGAGCUGGCCGGAAACGCUGCCAGGGACAACAAGAAGACCAGGAUCAUCCCACGGCACCUCCAGCUGGCCGUGCGCAACGACGAGGAGCUCAACAAGCUGCUGGGAGGUGUGACCAUCGCGCAGGGAGGCGUGCUGCCCAACAUCCAGGCUGUCCUGCUCCCCAAGAAGACGGAGAAACCGGCCAAGAGCAAGUAAAGACUCCCCGCUGGCCUCGAAGUCAUUCGGGGCCAAAGGCUCAGCUGGGAACCGGCUGAUUUCAAUAGCAGUGUUUGUUUUUCUGCUUAUGGACGAACAACCUUCCAAACAGGGGGCAAUGUGUGGUGUUGCUGUUUCUUCGUUGUAAACAUCCACUCGCUUCUCAUCGGGACUAUUCAUAGACUGCUGUGUAGCCACUGUUGUGUUGUUGGUGUGGGAAAUGGAGGCGCUCUCUACAGGCUGGGGAUAAUGAAGACCUCGGCAACAAGAAGGGGGGAAUCCCGUUCUCAAAAUGGACCAAUUCUUGGGGGAGGUUUUUUUUAUUUUCGCAUUGCUGCUACAAAACGUGCUAAAUUGUGGUAUGGAUUAUGUGAUGUUCAAAUAAAUAUCCUGCUGCCUUCUGGCACAGAGCGAAUACACCCAGGCUUUUUUUUGUUUUCAUCCGGAGACCUGCAGUUUGUCUUUGUGAGGCAUGGAUGAGCUCCAUCUUCUCUGACCCCAAAGUGCUACAGCUGUGUUCUUCCUCCACUUCAAUUUACACCUUUUACACUUUCAGCUCAUUGUGUUUGUAGCUAAGUUGAUCAGUGGAAAUGUGUUGGUUGGAACGUGAUUAUUUGUCAGUUAUACUUUUGUUAUUAAUACAGAGGUUAAAAACAUUGAGAUCAAUUGAGGUUAUUGUGUGAUUUGCAGCCACUUGUUUUUUAGGUCCCUGACUCUAUCUCUCCUGUGUGAGGGGGACACUGUUGUUUCACACAUUCUACGCUGUGUUGCCUCAGAAUUGUUUGAAACAAAUUGAAAUCCGGAGAAAAGUUAAUCCUAAAGAUUACAACUAGUGUGCAAGCUAUUACAACAUAUGCAUCGGCCUGUUGUCUGCCUGUAGAGAGGUCUGAGUGCAGGGGCAGUGAGAGAACAGGGUUUUAAUUAAACUUUCAAUUUAAG